UUGUUAAAUAAUAGCAUGAAUCUUUCGUGUCCAUUGCAAUGGAAAAUUUCUCAUUUAGGGUUCAUGAUUUUCCUUUCACUUUGUUUCGCUCGCAGUGCUACCGGUUUAAAUGAAAACGAAGAUUUAGGCGCAAGGCGUUGUAAGAACGACCUUUCAACUAUUCUUCCAUCCCCAUACAAUGUUAAUUCCCCACCUAUGAUCUGUAGUCCUAUUUGGAGCACAUUCGUCAUUCAGUACUCUCAAAACAAUGAUAAUGUUGUCAACAUUAUAAUAUCUGCUAUAUACAAAACCGGAUGGGUGGGAAUGGGUUUCUCAGAAAAUGGAUUUAUGUAUAAUUCAAGUGCCAUGGUGGGUUGGGCUGAUUUAGAAGACAAAUUAAAUAUCAAGCAAUACUAUUUGAAUGGCUUCCAACCAGAGUCUAUCAUACCAGAUAGUGGUGAUCUUCCACUAACUAAAGUUCCAGUAGCUGUUGCUAUUGAUAAAAACACAAUGUACUUGGCAUUUCAGUUGAAUUUUUCUUCGACUCUAUCUCGUCAACAUAUCUUGCUGGCUUAUGGAACUAAUCAGCCUGAUAUACACAACCUUCUGACUCAUCAUGAUGAUAAAACAACUGUGCUCUUCGACUUCACCACAGGCAAAAUUGCUGUUUUGAGGGACUCUGUUUUCGACUUGAAGAAGACCCAUGGGAUAUUAGGUAUUGUGGCAUGGGGUAUACUUGCUCCUAUGGGGGCAAUUUCGGCCAGAUACUUUAAACAUAAGGAUCCCUUAUGGUAUUAUCUCCAUGUCACGUUUCAAAUUACAACAUCUAUAGUUGGAAUGAUGACAGUUGUUGCUGGACUCACUCUUUAUGAUUCAUUACACAUAAUUUUUCCACAACAUAGAAUAAUUGGGAUGCUUGUUCUUGUGCUUUGUGUUGUCCAGCUGGUGGGCGGGUUUGCACGACCAACAAAGUAUGGCAAAACAAGGAAAUACUGGAAUUGGUUCCAUCAUUGGGUUGGAAGGAUAGCCAUUAUUUUUGGGAAUCUAAAUAUAGUCCUAGGUAUCAAUCACGCAGAUGAUGGAACAAUCUGGAAAGUAGGCUACGGUUUUAUUCUUUGGGUACUUUUGAUCACGAUUAUUGUUUUGGAAAUAACAUCAAUGUCUAAGGCAAGAAUGAAGAAACCAGAAAUGAUUGAAAUCUCCAACAGUUGAAGAGAAUAACAUUAAAUAAUUCAACU